CAUGCGACUCCCAAUGUGCUAUGAACUGUAUACAUGAUGCUAAGUGUGCUGCAAACUGAGGGGGUACUCGCGUGAUAAGGUGUCUUAAAUUUAAAGGUAACAUUAUUCUUAAGGAGCAUAACAUGGUUGACAUUAAUCUAACAAUAAUUCCGUCCACUUCGGAGUUUCACUGAGACAAGAAGACUCAAACGCAUUUGGACUAUUUUUUGCACUACUAAAGAAGCCACAAAAACAAGGUGUGGGAGAACCUACGCAUCCAUCAGCAUCAGACUCAUCUUUAAAUUUCCCCGUGCUUCACUGGCUCAGCUAACAGCAGCUCAUCUGAAGUAACAGGAUAUUGCAGCAGGAAGGUGGACUAUAGCCUCGAGUAUCUUUUGGUCUAAAGAAUUACAAUAAAACCCAGGUUCAGACCUGCAUAUCUAUACUCAAACGUGACCCUUACCACUCAUCAAAUGCUCCCAAAUGCAUCGAAAACAGAGUGCACGGGGCAGAGCAAAAUGCCUCAAGCGAAAGAGGGGACUCGUGUCUUCCCUUAAGGGAGUUUCUCACCUCUCCAGGCGAGCAAAGAGACGCUUGUUCUAUAAACUACAGCUCUGGAUGUGGAGGAGGCGGAAGGAGAAAUGUGGUUUUGGUAUCUAUAGAACAAGGAAGCAGGCUUUUGUGUGCAGUCCUCGUUCUGGUUCUUGCCUCAGGAAAAAGACUCAAUCACAGAAAAAUGGGACAAAAGUUUCCACAAACCACACGCCACAUUCACAGAAUCCCCACAUCGGAACAGCAGCUCAUCUUUCACCUCUCAGAUGUGAAAACAGAGGGUCAGAGGAGCCGCCUAGAAAGCAGAACCGCCUGCUUAACCAGUGUGAAUUUGUCAGUCCACCUGAGACAUUACCCGCCUCCAGCUCCAUUCAGACCCAGGUUACUGACACAAAUGUUACUUUAAUGAGCCUCAAUCAAACUGUACCUUCUCAAAAAGAAGAGGCACUGGUACAGACAGUUGAAAUGCCUGGCCCAGAGGUUUCCCUCAUUGUUAAGCCACUGCUGCCUGAGGAUGAUACAUGUGCUUUCUCUGCUCUUAUAAAAGAAUCACAGAUAUUGUUACAAUCUCAGAGGCCUGAGGUAGAUGAGCCAUCAGAGCAGUGGACUACUACGACUCUGGCUACAAACAGCAAUACAGCUGGAGGUAUCACCUCUGCCAAGACGGUGUCUUCUCAAGCUGAUGUCAGCCUUAGAGCUCUGACUAAACACAUCCAUGAAUUUCUUUUCAACUUCUACUGCAAGUAUGGAAGUUUUAUCCCACUGCAAAAGAUCGACAUCUUGAGAUAUCUGAAGAGGAGGUGUAACACUGAUAUUAUUGGCAGGAACAAUUUCAUCUUCUCAGAGGUCUCCAGAUGCAGGACUGCAUUACUUCAAAAACCCAUUCCCUCCUUUCAGCUGGUCUACAAAAAACACACUCUAACGCUGGAUGACUUGUCCACGUUGGCAGAUCAGAACUGGCUCAAUGAUCAGGUGAUGAACAUGUAUGGAGAAUUGAUCAUGGAAUCUGCUCAUCACAAGGUUCAUUUCCUCAACAGCUUUUUCCACCGGCAACUCAUGACAAAGGGAUAUGAAGGUGUGAAGAGAUGGACAAAGCAGGUGGAUUUGUUUUCUAAAAAUGUUAUUUUGGUGCCGAUCCACCUGGAGGUCCACUGGUGUUUGGUUUCUGCUGACAUCAUCAAAAAGAAGAUCUGCCUGUACGACUCUCAAGGAAAUGCUCUCCAGAAGAUCGGCAGGAACAUCCUGAAGUACUUGAUGACAGAAGCAAAGGAGAAGAACCAAACUGAGUUCGAAAGUGGAUGGGUUGUUUCUUUUGAUGAGGAAGUUCCACAACAGACCAACGAGAACGACUGUGGAGUUUUUGUCCUGGAGUAUUCUCGGUGUCUCGCUCUGGCUAAACCGCUGCAGUUUUCACAGAAGGACAUACCAAAUAUACGCAAGAGGAUCUACAAAGAGCUUUGUGAAUGUAAACUUUGUGAACAAGGCUGACUUGGAUUUGUAUGUAUUGUUGAUAACAGCACUGCUCUGAUCUGGGACGGUAAUCUCUGGCAGCCUUACAGCACUGUGAGUGCACAUGAAGGACCCAAUUAGGAGUAUGACAGUUUUACGUUAGGUGUACUGUUAAGCCUAACUCAUAAUCCCUUGUAUGAUUACUGUAUUUAUAUGAUCAAUAUUUUAAACAGGCAUGACACAUUGAUACAUCUACAGUGCACCUCCAGCUUUACUGAAAGGACUGCCUUCUCAGCUGGGUUUAGGUGCUUUUCUUAUUUUCAGUUCACCUUAUUUGCACAUUUAAAGGCACAUUUUGUUUCAGAAGUUUUAUCAGAUAGCUGAAUAAAACAUAUGUGUUCUUUGUCUGUAAAGGUCGGAAAUUAAUUAUACUGUUUGCUGCAUAAAAGAUCUUGAAUAUGAAGUUUUGAAUAAAAGCAGA